AUGUCCACCGUCACCGCAUCGACCGCCUUCUCCUCUCGAGUGGGCACGCCCGCGCGUCGAUCGAUGAAACGAUGCGACGCGGUCGUCCCCCCGCGCGCGGCAUCGGAUGCCUCAGACGCGACGACGACGGCGACGUCGACGCCGCCGCCGACGACGACGACGACGCUGCCGAGACGCGCCGCGCUGUCGCUCGCGUGCGCGCUCGCGAUGCCGUCCGCGGUGAACGUGAUGUCGUCGUCGUCGUCGCCGUCGUCGUCGCCCUUCGCCGCGCGCGCCGCGGACGCGGAACCGAUGGGCACGAAAGACUUCGACUUCAAGACGUACAAGCUCACCGUCCCGGGAGUGUACGAGGAAGUCAACGUCCCCCUCGGCGCGAACGGCGUCGUGUCGCCCACGGUGAUGCUGCUAAGGGACUCCCGACCCGGGCAAGCCGGGAACACGAUAUCGCUGUCGAAGCAGAUCAUCCCGGAGGGGGGCAUCUCCUCCGUGAAGGACAUCGGCAACGCGGAGGAGGCGGCGAAACGUUUAGUAUCCGCGGAGAGCGCGCGUUCGAAGGGCGUCGGCGGCAUCGGCGGCGCGGGCGCGGUGUUCCGCGACGCGAGCGAGCGCGUCGGCCCCGGCGGGCUGACGUAUUACGCCGCCGAGUACAGUAAAAACGUGUUGAGCGUCGGGAGGGUGAUCCUCACCACGCUCGUCGUCGCGGACGGGGUGCUGUACACCCUCACGUGCGAGGAAGACGCGGGGAGGUUCGAGAGCGAGAUGGGGGACGCGCUGAGGAAGGCGAGCGCGUCGCUGGUCGUGACGUCGACGACGCCCGCCCCGGCGCCGGCGCCGGAGCCCGUCGUCGAAAAGAAGACGAAGAGCAGGUUCGGGCGGAAGUGACGACGAGCCUAACGCUUCGAUCGUAUUAACGAAGAACGGUAUUAUUGUCUACGCGGAUCCUAAUGUAAUGAUACCUCGUCAGUCAUCCAUC